AUAGUUAAAAUGGGUAUCGACAUCCAAAAGAAACACGUCAAGAACAGCAACAGAUCUGCCCCAAAAAGUAAUGAUGUUUACUUAUUACUUUUAGUCAAGCUCUACCGUUUCUUAGCUCGUCGUACUGAUGCUGCUUUCAACAAGGUUGUUCUUAAGAGACUCUUCAUGUCCAGAAUUAACAAGCCACCAAUGACCCUUUCCAACAUUGCUAAGAACUUAGCUAACAAGGAAGGUAAGAUCGCCGUUGUUGUUGGUACUGUUACUGAUGACACCCGUAUGUUCGAAGUUCCAAAGAUGACUAUCUGUGCCUUAAGAUUCACUAAGACCGCUCGUGCCAAGAUCUUAAAGGCUGGUGGUGAAUGCUUAACCUUCGAUCAAUUAGCUCUCCGUGCCCCAACCGGUACCAACUGUGUCCUUCUUAGAGGUAAGAAGAGUCACCGUGAAGCUGUCAAGCACUUCGGAAAGGCUCCAGGUGUUCCAAAGAGUGAUACUAAGCCAUACGUUCGCUCCAAGGGACGUAAGUUCGAAAAGGCUAGAGGACGUAGAAGUUCCAGAGCUUUCAGAGUUUAA